GUGUGUGUUGUGUAUAUGCAUAUAAAUAAAUUUAUACAUAUUAAUACACAGCAUCAACAAGAGAGAGAGAGAGAGAGGUUACUAAGGAAAUCAACCACCAAGAGGGAAAAAAAAAAUAAUAAAGAACCAAUUACAGACCCAAUUGAUACUUUUUCUUUUUCAUCUUCUCUUUUUGGGUUUCCUGUUUCCUCUCGUACUGAUACAAUUCAAUCUUCAUCGCUAUCUAUAUAUUUAUAUUCCUUGAUAAACAACACUAACAGAAGAUGGGUCUUCUUUGUCUUUCUCCUGCCUGACUUCUCUCUCUCUCUCUCUCUCUCUCUCUCUCUCUCCCCAGAAUUUUCAACCACCCAGAGGGAAAGGAGAGAAUUCUGCAGAUGCUACGUGAAACACAAGUGAGAUGAUGAAGAAGAAAAUAGUGAUGACAUGGGAAUAGCCAUUUUCUCUCACUCCUCCUCCUCCCCCAAGUCCAAUUCUAUGUCCCAGGAGUAUCAACAAGCAGGCAUCUUCAGCUUCUCGAAUGGCUUCGAGAGAUCGCACCAAGAUCAGCAACAGCAACAGCAACAGUCACAGCUGCAGAUCCGGAGAGAUAAAGUCAGAGUUCAAGGGUUUGAGCAUCCUCCGCCGCCAUUGGUAGGAAUUGAUGAGGAUGAUCAGUCUGCUGCCCUUCCUGCUGUCUACGAAACAGCUGGGAUGCUAUCGGAAAUGUUUAACUUUCCUCCGGCCUCCGGGGAAUUACUGGACUCUAAUUAUCGACCAACUAGACCCGAUUGGUACAACAACAAGAACCGCGAAUUAGGUCAGCAGCAGCAGCAUCAUCAUCAGAUUUCGGGGAUUCAUGCGGAUUCGGCGGCGGCUAUGCAGCUUUUUCUGAUGAAUCCACAGCCAAGAUCACCAUCUCCGUCGCCUCCUGAAACUUCCUCCACACUUCACAUGUUGCUACCCAAUCCAUCUACUACUCUUCAAGGCUUUAAUGUAUCAGGAGCAGGUGGUGCUUUCGGUACCAGCACGGUACUGCCUCAACCACAAUUCACAUGGGUUGCUGAAAGCAGUCGCCCAAAUGAAAUUGGAGGCGUGGUAGAAGGGCAAGGCCUUUCUUUAUCACUUUCAUCAUCUUUGCAGCACCUGGAGGCGGCAAAAGUAGAAGAACUGAGGAUGGGGGAUGGUGGGUUAUUGUAUUACAGUCAAGGAGGAGGAGGAGGAGGAGGGUCGUCUUCUGGUCAAUACCAGUACAAGAAUUUGGGUAUCCACCACCAAUCAUUACAUUCGCAAGGUGGAGUGGGUCAAACCCAUCAGGUUCAUGUCGGAUUCGGGUCCUCAGUAGCAGCAGUAAACGUGCUUAGGAAUUCAAAGUACGUGAAAGCCGCACAAGAACUGUUGGAAGAGUUCUGCAGUGUUGGUAGAGGUCAGUUCAAGAAGAAUAAGUUGGGUAGGCACAGCACAAACCCUAGUUCAAACCCUGGUAAUGGUGGAUCUUCUUCGUCAGCCAAAGAUCUCCCUCCUUUAUCUGCAGCUGAUAGAAUUGAGCAUCAAAGACGGAAAGUCAAACUUUUAUCCAUGCUUGACGAGGUAGAUCGGAGAUACAACCAUUACUGUGAACAAAUGCAAAUGGUAGUAAACUCAUUUGAUCUAGUGAUGGGUUUUGGAGCAGCAGUGCCCUACACUGCUCUUGCCCAGAAGGCAAUGUCCCGGCACUUUCGGUGUCUGAAAGAUGCAAUUUCGGCCCAAUUGAAACACAGCUGCGAGCUGUUAGGAGAGAAAGACGGCGCAGGCACAUCUGGGAUAACAAAAGGAGAGACCCCAAGACUACGUUUGCUGGAGCAAAGUCUGAGACAGCAAAGAGCGUUUCAUCAAAUGGGGAUGAUGGAACAGGAAGCAUGGAGACCACAAAGAGGCUUGCCUGAGCGCUCUGUCAACAUUUUGAGAGCCUGGCUUUUUGAGCAUUUUCUUCACCCGUAUCCAAGCGAUGCAGAUAAGCACCUCUUGGCUCGACAGACUGGUUUAUCGAGAAAUCAGGUAUCAAACUGGUUCAUUAACGCAAGGGUGCGUUUAUGGAAGCCGAUGGUUGAGAAAUGUACCACAGAACAAAGAGAGAAGAAGAAGAGACUGAAAAAAACCCCAAACAAUGCACAACACCAACGCCUUCAGCAGCAGCAGCAUCAUUCAUCAACAACACCAACAGGCAAAAGAUCCGAUAUCAAUGCCCAAGAAAGCGACCCUUCACUCAUUGCAAUCAAUAGACAGUCCUUAUCAGAUAUCCAACCCAAACACCCCUCAACCACCGCCGCCGCCUCCACCGCGAUCGCCGUCACAGACGCCGCACCGUAUAGUGACUCCGACAGCCUCCACCACAGAAUACCUAUGGUCGACGACAGCUGUCGACGUGGCACCAUGCUACCACCGGAUUAUGGGACCACCUCGUCGUCUGCUAACGCUGACAUUAGCUCUGCUCUUAUUAGCUUCGGGACCACCGCCGGUGACGUGUCACUCACUCUAGGGCUACGCCAUGCUGGAAACAUGCCAGACAAGACCUCUCCCUUCUCGCUUAGGGACUUUGGGAGCUGUUGAUCGAUCUUAAAUUUGAAAAAAAAAAAAAAAAGAAAACCAAAAAGAAAAUACAUGAUAGCUCUUAUUUUUCUUUUUCCUUAUCUUUCUUGAUUGAUAUUCACUCUAUUUUUCUUAUUUUACUUCUUUUUAAAUGUCUCAUUCUAUCAUUAACGAAAUACAUAAUGAGAAUAUUAGCAUUAAGUUAGUUGGCUA